AUGCUCGUUGCCCGCACCCCGCCUCCGACGUCGCCCAUCCACCACGACCUCGUCUCGCGCGACUUCUUCGCGAGCAACCCCCACACGCAGCCUCAAUCCGCUCGCCCCUCGGUCGCCCGCCGCCCGAGCGCGCUCCGCAACGCGAGCAGCGACCACCUCAUCACGCCCGCCGUCACCCGCUUCGCCACGGGUCAGCCAAAGAGCAUCCCGCCGUCGACGACGGGUGUCGCGACCGGGAACGAGCCUCUCGUCCCGGCGGCCUCGGCAACGUCGCCAGACGGCAUCGUGCGCCCGUUGCCAGUGCGGGCCGCGUCUUCGUCCUCUUCUCGGGCCGCAGGCGCCGAGCCGACGAGUCUCGCGGCAGGUGGGCCGCUCGCGCUGCCGUCGCCGGGCUUCGCGAGCCCUGCCCUCGUCCGCCCGUCGCUCAACCCGCUCGGCGGCAGCUCCGACUCGGGCGGGCCCCCGUCGAGCGGCUCGCUCCUCGCGCGCCGUCGCUCGUCGCGGUCCACCGCACGCCCCGACGUCCUCCCCCUCCUCGCCGACCUGUCGCUCGCCGGCGCGCUCCCCUCGCCCUCGCUCGCCGAGCUCGACGACGACGUGCGCCCGACCGUCAUCGGCGAAUCGAGCCACGCCCAGACGCCGGCGAGCGAGGCGUCGAGCCCUGUCGUCGCACGCGCACCCGGCGCCGGCGUCGUCAAGCAGCUCGUCGAGACCGAGUUCCGCCCGACGCGGGACAAGGUUCACACGCCGUUCCCGGGCCGCUUGCCCAACUGGAUCGACGAGGAGGACGAGCUGGACUCGCCCGUGCGCACCUCGUCGUCGCAGAGGGACGCAGUCGUCGGGUCGAAGAGCGAGGCGGCCGAGCAGGACGACGCAGCGGCGCCCUGAUGCCUCGUGCCUCAGCUCUGCGCAAGAGCAUCAUGUGAAAACGAUUCCCCAGGGGCAACAGACUCUCUUUCGCCUUUGCACCCGCCGCUCGCACCCUCGGCAUUUCUCAUCCUGUUGUAGCUGUCGUGCAUUAUUCCUUUCGUCGACUUG